GACUAAUUACUCAACCGUUGUGCAACAGUUGUGUCUUCUGAACGCACUCUAUCAUUUAACCACCAAUGCGAGUUCUAAUUGGCUUCUGCCUUUUUGUUUUUUGCUUUUUUGCCAAAAUUUGAAUUUCCCUUAAGGUCAUUUUCUCUGGGAAUUUUCCAUCCCAGAAUUUCUCUAUUCCACAAUUUCUCUAUCCGACAGCCAAUCGGCGCAUCUGACAAAACUAGUGUGACAAACUAGUGUGAUAAAUAAAAUAUAAGGUUAAAUAGAAGUUCUCAUUUUUUUCUAUUUCCUAUGAAUUAAACAUAAAACAUUUCUGGAAAAAUAGUUUUGAUUCAAAGUGACAAGAAGAUUUUAUUUUAUACGUAGAAGAUGAGAAUUGUUUGCGCAGCAUUAAAUUGUAAAUAUUCCUCGGAAAAUGAAGAUUCGUCAAGUGUCAUUUUUACCCAUUUUCCUGAUGAUGACACCUCGACUGUUACAUAUAAUUAUCACAGAUAUUGUGUCUUUGUUUCUCCAUAAAUGAACUUUACAAAAUAAUUUUUAUGCAGAGCUAAGGCAUUAGCAGAAAAAUGUGGCAGAUCGGAUUUAGCUGAAAAAUCGAAUGCGGAAUUACACUUGAAUUAUUACGUUUGUUCUCAUCACAUAGAAGAUCACUGUUACAGAAGCAAAUCCGUUGUAGAACAAGGUGCUAUUCCUACCCUAUUUGGAACCCACAUACGUACUGACAGUGAAGAUUGUAUAAAUAUAUUUGACAAGCCACAACAUCUUCAAGGAGUAGAUGAUAGUGUAUCACUAUCAUAUUGCAACAUGAAUGUUGAAAUAAAUGAAUAUCACGAUAUCACUAUCAGAUUUUCUAAUUUAUGUCGAAUCUGUGGUGAGUCAGUUCUGAAUGGGAUAGAUAUUUUUUCAGCUAAGGGUAUAGAACUUAGCUUAAAAGAAAAGAUAAGUUUGCACCUGCCCAUUUCAAUUGAUAUGAAUGAUUCAAUGCCACAGAAAAUAUGUAUUGAUUGUUGCAACAAAUUAGAGAAUACACAUUUGCUUGCUGUCUUGUGUUUAAAAACUGAUAUAAAGUUAAAGAAAUUUUUAAAUAUUGAUAGAGAGUCGGAAUAUGAAAAUAAGUAUAAUGCAUUAGUUGAGAAAUGUUUAUUGGAGACAGAUAAUAUAUGCCUGGAUAACAGUAUACAUCCCGAUUCUGUAUCAUUUACAAUGAAUAAGAUAGCGAAUCCUGAUUUAGAAACAAGUUUAAAGGAGUUAGAGAAUAGAGGAAAUCCUGAAGCACAGAGUAAUAGCUUUCAGAGCAUCACCAAGAUUGUUGAACAAUCAGAAAUCAAUAAUAGAAUUCAAACUUAUGGAGAAUUUAAUAAUAAAAAUAACGGUAAAUAUGCCAUGAAAGAAAUAUCGCAAACUCAACAAGACAAAAUUCAGAAUGGUAAACACGAUAUUUUAUGUUCUCAAUGCCAGACUCUUUACAAAACACAAGAAAUAUUUGAGGACCAUAAAAUAUUCUGUGUUAAGAAAAAAGAUUCUUCAAAGUGUACGUCUAACACAUUACAAAAUAAAAAGACUAAGAAUAUUGAGUCAGAAACAGAAGGUUUUCAGUCAAACAACAAAGAACUUGAAAAGAAACAACUUACUGAUAAACCUGAGAUCUGUGAAUCAGUGCAUUCAAUAUAUUGUCCAGUUUGCAGUCAGCUGUUUAAAACUCAACAGGAUUUCGAAGAACACAAGCAUCUACAUGAUAACUUUACUGAAAAUGCUGCAAUAGGAGUUAAUAAAAGGUGUGGUCACUGUAAAGAAUGCUAUCACAGUAAAAAAGAUUUAUUAAACCAUAUUACACAAUCACACGAAGGGCAAUUAUUAUUUCAAUGCUUCAUGUGCGAUAAGAUGUACGAAAGAUGGUCUGGUUUGGAAAUUCAUGAAGCUACUCACAGAUUAGAUAAACCAUAUCUUUGCGAUUUGUGCGGUAAGAGUUUCAAGCAUUCCAACUUUUUAAGAUGUCACAAGAGAAGUCAUUUAGACGAAUCUAAAAAGAAAAGACACGUAUGCGAAAUUUGUGAAAAAGCAUUUAGAUCACGGUUUCAUUUAAAAGAACAUAAAAAUCAACACGAGGGAAAUAAACCAUAUACUUGCGAGCAAUGUGGAAAAGCUUUCCAUAAAAGGAUGCAAUUGCGACAACACAAAUUAUCGCACGGAUUAAAUAAAUACAUAUGUUCGAUUUGCAGCGCGACGUUCAAUCGCAAAGGAAAUAUGAGUGCGCAUAUAAAACGGCACAACAACGAGAGUGAAGUGUAUACAUGUAGUGUCUGUGCCUAUAAAUGCAAAUCCAUGAGCGAAUUGAAGAUGCAUAGAAAGAAUCAUACAGAAGAAGAAAUAGUAGACAGUAUUAAGAAGAAAUCUACCGACAAGGAGAUAUGGCGAUGUAACGUCUGCAACAAAGUAUUCCUGAAGCAUACCAUCUUGAUAAACCAUGAGCGCACGCACAAAAACGACAAAACUUACGUGGAGUGCGACGAAUGCGGCAAGAAUUUGGCGAACAAGAACUCGCUGAUGUAUCACAAGAAGUCAUUCCAUCUGAAGGAAAAGCUGCACAUGUGUCAGUAUUGCGGACAUUCGUUCGUUUCGAAAGAGGGGCGAUUAAUACAUGAAAGAAAACAUACCGGCGAGUGUCCCUACAUCUGCCAGCUGUGCAACGCGAGAUACAGGGGUUCGAGUAACCUUAGCCAGCACAUGAAGAUCCACACAGGUCACAAGCCGCACAAAUGUAAUUAUUGUAACAAAGGAUUCAUACGCAAAAAUGCGUUAACCGUGCACGAGAGGAUUCACACAGGCGUCAAACCGUAUCCUUGCGAAAUUUGUGGUAGAUGCUUCUCGCAGAAGAACGAUAUGUUGAAACACAUCAAGACACACAACAGCAAAUUGUUGCAAUGCGACCAAUGCAACGAGAUUUUCAAUCGGAAGAAAGAUCUGUUGAAGCAUACUGCGGUGCACGAGCAAGACACUUCGGCGGUUCCAAGCCAUGUUGACACGCCGCCACAUAUCCUUCAACUUUACGCCAGCACGACUCCUCUCUGAAAUCGAGUAUGCAAUACUAUGUAUUGGUAGCACAUGAUUCCUGACCAAUAUAAACCUUUCAAUUUAAAAUACCAGGUGGUCGAACAUUUAUCAAGGAUGGAUCUAAAUUACGAGUCAGGCAAGGAAUGGCAACAGAGUUGUCUGCUUGUUUGCAGUUGAUGCUUUAGGGUUGCAUCAUUAUCCUUUCAAAUAUGCAAUAUGGAUGAACUGUUCUCUACUGCCGUUUACGGGAAGAGAUUUAUGAAUAGAGAUGGAAGUUCAUGUUGGAAGUGGAACCAUAUAAAUGUCAACAAUCGUCGAGAGUUUUACAGUGGUUUACGCUCUUUAGUCUGGCAAGAUCUUCAUGUAUCUGAACAGAAUACGCGAGUUCUUAAAUGCUCCUGUCGCAUACGGUUGAGGUCGCCAAGGUGAAGAACAGAAAAUAUAAAACGUUGUGUUUGCAGCGUUUCAGAAUAUUCGUGCGCAAAAAUUACUUUUAUAUACGAUAUAUAGGAUUAUAUGUUAAUUCCUCAGCUAUUUCUAAGUAUUGUCAAAGUAUACGAUAAACAGCGCGAAAAAUUUUUACUUACAUGAGGAGUAUUUCGUAUUUUACUAUAGUGUAUUAGUGUAGUAUAUUGUACACAAUUAUAUCAAAGUAUAAAAUUCUCUUGUGAUAUUCUUACGAAAUAAUAAUUAUCUUAGGUAAAACGUAUAGCUCGGAGGAAGGGACACACGAGAUCAGAUGCAAUAAAAGUCGUUGUUAUAUAUAGAA